AAUCACGACCCGUUUACUAUCUUCUGAAUCGGAACGUUAACCCGUUUUGCCAUCCAUACGCAGGCACGCAGCUCCCUCUUCUUUUCACAUUACUGCCCCAAAGUGAAAAAAACGCAACUUCUCCGUCGGUCCACCGCACAAUCUGAAUCGCCCGCCAAGCCAUGUCGGCGGCAAAGCUUCCCCAACCGCAGCUGCCGGCAGCGGUACCGUCGUCUCCUAUCUGCUCCCUACACGGAUCACUCCUCACUCUCGCCAUCCUAACCCUGCUCUCCUUCACCUAUCUCUCCCUAAAAUCCCUCCACUCCCCUCUCCUCUACCUUUCUCCUUCCCCUUCUGACGUCUUAGUCUCUUCUCCUCAUCCUCAGGUUCAUGCUGGAGAGAAAGACUCUGAGGAUCAGUUUUCGGAUGUUUAUCAUUAUCCGGAGAUUUUUAAGCUGAAUUAUGCGGAGAUGGAGAAGAAUUUCAAGGUUUAUAUAUAUCCAGAUGGUGAUCCCAACACGUACUACCAGACGCCGAGGAAGCUCACUGGAAAGUACGCCAGCGAGGGGUAUUUCUUCCAAAAUAUUCGAGAGUCUCGAUUCCGCACUGACGAUCCAGAUCAGGCCCAUUUGUUCUUUAUCCCGAUCUCUUGUCACAAGAUGCGAGGGAAGGGCACAUCCUAUGAAAACAUGACCAUCAUUGUCCAAAAUUAUGUGGAGAGCUUAAUAUCAAAGUAUCCUUUUUGGAACAGAACCCUGGGUGCAGAUCACUUUUUUGUUACUUGUCAUGAUGUUGGUGUAAGGGCUACUGAAGGGGUUCAGCUUCUUGUUAAGAAUUCAAUUCGAGUUGUGUGCUCGCCAAGCUAUGACGUGGGAUUUAUUCCACACAAAGAUGUUGCUCUUCCUCAAAUACUGCAGCCAUUUGCCCUUCCAGCUGGAGGCAAUGAUGUAGAAAACAGGACAACUCUUGGCUUUUGGGCUGGUCAUCGGAACUCUAAAAUUAGAGUUGUACUAGCACGUGUAUGGGAGAAUGACACAGAGCUUGAUAUUAUGAACAAUAGAAUUAAUAGAGCUACUGGACAUCUGGUGUAUCAAAAGAAGUUUUACAGGACUAAGUUCUGCAUAUGCCCUGGUGGUUCCCAAGUCAACAGCGCUCGCAUAGGAGACUCAAUCCAUUAUGGAUGUGUUCCUGUAAUUUUGUCCAAUUAUUAUGAUCUUCCAUUCAACGACAUUCUUGAUUGGCGAAAAUUUUCUGUCAUACUCAAUGAGCGUGAUGUGUAUCGGCUUAAGCAGAUUCUCAAGGACAUAACAGAGGAGGAAUUUGUUAAACUUCAUCACAACUUGGUCAAGGUCCAAAAGCACUUCCAAUGGAAUUCACCUCCAAUCAGAUAUGAUGCAUUCCAUAUGAUCAUGUAUGAUCUAUGGUUGCGCCAUCAUGUCAUCAAGUACUAAACUGCUAGAGAAUACGAUCCAUUUUCCUUUUUUUCAUUCCCUGAUGAAGAUUGCUAAUUGGCAAUCUAAAAAGCUUGUAAAUUAACGCAUAUAUAGUUGCUUGGGAAUAUUUUUAGGUCAUAACUACUGAAAUUCACCAUUUAUUUGUUCUUUACAUAGAUGGUUGGUUCAAAGGAAUGCUGUUACUUCUAUUUAGAGCUUUCUUUUAUUGCAA